AGACACAGUGUGUGAAAUACUAUCACCCAGAGAGGAAUGCUGGACAGAUACUGAAGCUUUGUACAAAUGAUGAAUGCACAUGUGCUGAAGAGAACUGUAGUAUGCAGAGAAAGAGCAAAAUCAGCAAUGAGGAGCGCACUCACAAGGCUUGUGAGAACACGCCGACUAAAAUAGAUUUUGUGUACAUAGUGAGAGUGGAAGAGUGCAUGCACAGUUUAUCCAUUGACAUUUACACCACUCGGAUAGUGGGAGUCAUUAAGGAAGAAAGUAACGAUACGGGCCUUCUGGGUAAACUAUGCACUUUCCUCAGUCAUCCGCGGUGCAGAGAGGCUUUAGAUCUGAGAACAGGCAAAACCUACCUUAUCAUGGGCACAUCCACAUAUUUUUACAAAAACGAACAGAGUCAAGUGUAUCAGUAUGCCCUUGGUGAGAGAACCUGGAUUGAGUACUGGCCCACAGAAGCAGAGUGUCAGACUGUGGAGCACAGACCUACCUGUUUAGGCAUGGAGGAGCUGUUCCUUGGAUGUCCGCAGUAAUAAAAGAAAAUAAUAAAAUAACUG